UCUACCACCAAGAAGAGAUGGCGAGACCAAGUUGGUGUACGGUCCCUGGUUGUUGUUUUUACAGAAAGUCUAUGGCAACAGGCAAUGCAUUUCACCGUUAUCCAGUGAAAGACCCGGAAAGAUGCAAAAGAUGGUUAAUAGCUGUCAGACAUAUUAAAUACGAUGUCAAGACUCCAGUUGCUACUCUGAAUAGCCUACGUGUAUGUAGCAAGCACUUCAGGGAAGAUGAUUACGAGAGAGACUUUCAAGCCGAAAUGAUGGGUACUAAGAACAAACGAAGCCUCAAAGAUACCGCUGUGCCAUCUGUAUUUCCGUGGACUGGACCGGCAGUACCAAAAUACAGAGGAGCGUUCGAGAAGAGAAAGCGCGCGGAGGUUCUGGCCUCAAUAGAAGGCCUCAAUAGGACUUCAAAGGUGAAUCAACCAGUAACAACAACAAGCUCCUCUGCCAUAUAUGCGGUUGGAGGGACAGUUUCCCAGCCUCGCCUGGACAGAGAGCAGCUCCUAGACGACACCGGUUCCUUGACUGUGAAAUCACUGAGGAGUUGUUUGGCAGUGAUCAUGAUGACGAUGUGGCCACUGCACCUGAUGGAGAGGAAGAGUUUCUGUCCUCAGAGGAGGAACCUGAGGAACCCAAGAAGAAGAAGAAGAGGAAAAACAAGAAGGAUAGUUCAGAUGAGUGGGAGCCGUCUGAUAAAGAAGAUACUGUAAUACUAAUGGACUAUUCUUCUGAUUCCUCUGAGGAUUUGGAAACUGUUGGUUCCUCUGACCUAACAGAAGGGGCCAAAGCUG